CUCUCACACCGCACCUCCUCCGUCGCUCCAAUCUUCCGCCGCCGUCGCCUCGCCGUCGCCUCCUCUCCCCCGUGCUCUCGUCGGCCUCAGAGCAGAGCGCGCUAGGGCACACUCGGCAAGGGAGCAGCGACUGUCUCCAACCCUUCUUCCUUCCCCUCGGACAGGAGCAGCAGUCCAGGAGGGGGCGUCGCCGGCGAGGCGUCGGCCUCAUCGCCAACAGCGACCUCGGGUUCCUCUCGGCAGGUAAUCAAGGUGUGAAGCUCUGCUGCACGCUUAAUCGAAACAUCGAGCGAGUUUUGGUGGCGAUGGAUAGUGGUACCUCUAGCAAGAGACGAGUAGAAGCCCCGGGAGAGGGGGAGAGCAGCGGCAAGAGGCAGAAUGUCACCAUGGGGAUGGACGCCCUCGACUGCCCCGUCUGCUUUCAUCCCCUCAGACCUCCUAUAUACCAGUGUUCUGUGGGGCAUUUCAUAUGCUCUUCUUGCCGUCCCAAGCUCGUGCACAACAAUUGUCACUUAUGCUCUGCUGAAACUACCUUCAAGCGCUGUUUAGGGAUGGAACGUCUCAUGGAAUCAGUCAUGGUCGCUUGCUCCAAUGCAAAACAUGGAUGCGCAGAGAAGCUCACCUACUACCAGAAAGAAGAGCACGAGAAGGCAUGCCCGAGCGCCCCAUGUUUCUGCCCGGUGUCCAGCUGCAGCUUUGCAGGGCCAACAGACGCCCUCCUUGAACAUUGCGCCUCCCAGCACAAGUGGCCGUGUACAACCAUCAAAUACUCCGAAGAUGUUAACUUCAGCCUAGAACCAGGUCUACAUUUUCUUCGUAUCAAAGACAGGGAAAUUUUCCUGCUCAAUGUGGCACUAGAGGCAUUCAGGCAUGCCAUCUCUGUCGUCUGCAUCCAACCUAAAGCUACAAACUCCAAGUUCAAGUGUAGGAUGUCCUAUGGUUCCUUUUUGACAGACUAUUAUCAGAUAUCAGUUUACAAGAUACGAAGCUCAUCGUUGUCUGACGGGCUACCGAAGGGAUACAACUUAAUUCUGCCCAAAGAUGAGAUAGCUGAUGAUGGAAAGGGUACCUUGCUUACGUUCUCCAUUGAUGAUCCUAAUCCUAAAGUAAAGGCGCGUGAGCCCAUAUGUCUGAAACCAGUGAAUCGUGCCAUGGACCAAAGUUGCUCAGUGUUUCAAAUGCUCUUUGUAACAAGUGAAAUGGGUUACGUUGAUCAUACACCAGAAAGGACCAAACUGCCUCUAAGGCUACCUAGUUAUUUGUCGAUUUCGACCAAGCCGUGCAUCUGCUCGACGUCGCUAAGAGCACCACCUGCUGGUGCGGCACGCUCUACCGCUGCCACCUCUUCUUUACGCGUUUGA